GACGAGCCGGCUCUCCCUCUCUAUUCACCUAGGACUGAAGGAGCAUCGAGUCUGUCACGGAAUAUAUGCAAACAAGAGAAGCAAACUGGGAACCAGGACCAAUCAUCUACUUCAACAAGCCCUUAUCACAAGUGCCACUUCCUAAAUAGUGUCAUUACGAGUCAUUUUUUACUGUCAGCUUCUUUCAUCCUGUGGCUCACCGGUUCGGCUCGACCAUGGUUCUGUGUGAGGACGGUGAGUGCAGCGUCUGCCUCUCGCCCUACUCGAGGAUGGACAGGAUCCCCCGGGUGCUGCACUGCAGGCACACCUUCUGCGAGCCGUGCCUGGAGACGAUGUCCCAGGCCAGGAGCGGGCUGCUGACCGUGGGCUGCCCUCUGUGUCGCCGGGUGACCUGCAUAGGCCGCGGCCUCAGCCUGCAGGAAGCUCUGUGGGUCAACAGCCGGCUGUGGGAGCAGAUACCAGAGGAAGUGGACGCAGAGGCCGAGGAGGAGGAGGAGGAAGAGGAGGGGGAGGAAGAAGACGGACUGAAGCAGGAAGCAGAAGGGGAGAGGAUAGAGGCUAAACAGCAACCUUCAUCACAAGCAGAAUGUGUUUCCUCCAGGUCCUCCAGAACAAAGCUCAAAUUACCCGCCUUCUUCCGAAAGUUCAGUCUGACGAAGCAGCACCAGGAGAGGAUCGUGCCUGGCAGCAACGUGGAAAUGAAAUCCUGGCGCAGACUCUCAACUGAGGAGACAGUUUGAAAAAAGGACAAAGAGUAAUGUCACAUGACGCCUCGUGAAGACCUGACUCAGCCUUGUCAGUGGAAGGAAAGUUGAAGCCGUUAGGACCCAGGAUCCAUUUGUGCUCCUGUCAGGACAAUGUUUUGUCCUCAGCCAAAGGUGCUCUGUCUCCCCAUUAUUUAUUCUAGGCUUAAUUCUCCCAGCUGGUGCUGUGGGAUUUGGUUCAGCUGUCCCAGUGGGGCUAACACCCCAAGACCCCCUCAUAACAGAUGGUCUCCUGAGGACGUUCCCUUUUACCUAGCCACAGCUGAACAUUGAACAUAACAUAUUGUUUUCUUUAAUUUAUGAUA